AAAGACUGAUGAAACAGAAAGAAAGACUAAAAUUCUUACUCUAUUGUAGAGAAUACGGAAUUUUACCAAAACAUAUCACCAAUACUACCUCUCAUAUCAAAAAUAAUUUCACAACAACUACCAUACAACAGAAACUGCAAAAAAUAGAAUACAAAUUUCAUAAACAAAUAUUAAAUUUAGAAAUAAAACAAACUAACACAAACAUUAACUUAGUUAAGAAAAAUCUCUUUCACAUCGAUAUUAAAAUAAAAUCAGCUCUUAAUGCUAUAGAAUACAAUAAUUUUACAUCCAAACAAAAAUAUAGGUAUAACCAAAUCAGUCAAGGUAUCAAACAAACACAUUCAUCAAAAAUACAGAAAUUAAAAGACACACAGCUAGAAAAAUUGGGAGUAGUUUUCAAUGAUACAUGGUUUGUUAACAAAACUAACAUCUCUUUUCCUAAAGAAGUAAAAUGGUUACUCUCUUUAGGAGAAAAGUUCACAAUGCACAUGCACAAUCCCUGUAACACGAGAGAAUUUCUCACCUAUACAUGUAAUUGCAGAUAUAGAGCAGAGCAUAAGAACGUUUGAAGAUGAAAGAGAAAAAGAAAUAGCCAGAUCCAGGGUUACCAACCGCAUUUUACAACACAAUAGAAGAAUAAAAAAUACAACAAUAGAAAAAUUUAUACUUAAAAUACAUAAAGAUACACAAAAACUUCUCAGACAGUACAAAAAUGAAAUAGUUGUCACCAAGGCCGAUAAAGGCAAUAAAACUGUUAUUAUGUACAAAUCAGACUACUCAAAUAAAAUGUCAAAACUACUCGAAGAUAAAAAUAUUUACAAAACAAUAAGAACUGAUCCAACACCAAAACUGCAAAAAACCAAUAAUACCUUAGUAAAUGAAAUCUUUAAAAAUAAAUACAUCGACCAAUGGCAAAAGAAUAAAAUGUACUCUUCAUCGUCAACAGCACCGAGACUAUACGGCUUGCCAAAAAUACAUAAGCCAGAUCUUCCAUUGAGACCUAUCUCCUCUUCGACAAACGUUCCAUGCUAUCAACUUUCAAAACACAUAGGACAAAUCUUAAAAAAUAUAGUUAAUGAAAAUUACAACAUUAAUAACUCAAUCCAACUUAAAACGCAGUUAGAAGUUAUUGUUUUAGAAGAAGAUGAUUUUUUAGUUUCUUUUGACGCUGUUUCACUUUUCACCAACAUCCCGACGUAUUUAGCCAUCAAAAUAAUAAUGAAGAAGUGGGACAUAAUAAAGAAUUUUACAAAAAUACCAAAAGCCCAAUUCUUGAAAAUACUAGAAUUUUGUCUAAAAGAAAACAAUUACUUCAAAUAUGAUAAUAAAUUAUACAACCAGACUUUUGGUAUGCCAAUGGGAAAUCCUCUCUCCCCCACAAUAGCGGACAUCAUUUUGGAUGAUUUGCUUGAUAAAACCAUAGAAGAACUUAAGACAGAAAAACAAAUCACCAUAAAAUUCAUAAAAAAGUAUGUAGACGACGUGUUUGCUAUAAUUAAAGAAAAAGAUAAAGACGCGAUCUUGGAAUUCUUGAACCAUUAUCAUACUAAACUCAAAUUUACAGUUGAAACUGAGCAAAACAAAAGCUUACCCUACCUAGAUAUCAGAAUCUUCAGAACAAUAAACAAAAUCAAAUUUAACUGGUAUUCAAAAACAACAGCAUCUGGUAGAAUGAUAAAUUUCCUCUCCACUCAACCCUUACAACAAAAAAUCAAUACGGCGAACAAUUUUAUAAAUAAAAUAAUACAAAUAAGCGAUAUCGAAUUUAAAGAAGAAAAUAUAAAAACAAUAAAAACAAUACUACACAUGAACAAUUUUCCAAACUACUUAAUAAAUAAUCUAAUUAACAAAACCAUCAAUAAAACUAAUCAAAAUAAAAAUUCUCAACAAAAUCCAGACGUUGGCAACACUGUGCGAUACUAUGGUAUUUCAUACAUUCCAAACUUAACGGACAAGAGAAACUUAAAUAAAAUAAUAAAUAAAGAGAAUGUGACAUUCGCUCACAAAUCAAACACAACAAUAAAACAAUUAUUCACCAACACAAAAAGCAAAAUAGAAAAAGAACAACAACAUGACAUAAUUUAUAAAAUUGGGUGCAGUGGCAAGGAGGGGGAGUCGUGCAAUCUGAUCUACAUUGGGACAACAAAGAGAUCAUUGGAGACGAGACUAAUCGAACACAAAGCGGAUAUUCGUAACAAAAGAGAAUCUACUGGGUUAUCACAACAUAUAAUAGAAACUGGCCACUCUGCAGACUUCGAUAAUACAACAAUAAUGGACAAGGAAAAGAGAACAAAUAAGAGAUACAAACUUGAAAGUCUACGUAUACAACACAAUAUAGAGAAAACAAUGAAUACUCAAGAAGAUAGAGACAAAACAAUAGCAAGUUAUUCUUUGGCAUUAAGAGCGUUGUAAUUUUCUGUUAUAAUUCAAAUUUAAAUUCAAAUUGUUUUUCAUUUAGUUUUUCUAAAGUGCUGUGAUGUAUGUUUUUAUUUUUUAUUUUAACUUUUAUUUAUUAAAUGUC